AUGAGUGCAGCUGCCACUGAAGGACCGCCAGAGGCGAAGAAAUUCCGCAUCGAUUUGCCAACACAGGUACCAACUACUUUCCUUUUGAAUGAUGGCUCAUUAUUCAAUGUUAAGGACUUAAGCCCAUUCAGCUUGGAUCAUGCCGCUAGAGCUGAAAUGCGAAGCUAUUUUCUAGCUCAUUAUUAUGAAACGGGAAGUAGAAUGGUCAAGAAAUGA